AUGGCCUGCCCGCUGCCGGCGCUGCCGCCCGGGCCCAAGGCGAUGUCCCGCAAGAAGGCGCUGCUGCUGCUCCUGCUGGCCUCCAGCACGGCCACCCUGCUCCUGCGGCAGAGCAUCCCCCUCGGCUGGUUCCCCAAGCCGCCCCUCUUCCGCUGCGCCCCGCCGCCCCCGCGGCCCAAGCACACCGCCGUGGCCUUCCUGAAGACCCACAAGACGGCCAGCACCACGGUGCAGAACCUGCUCUUCCGCUUCGCCGAGCGGCACAACCUGACGGUCGCCCUGCCGCACCACACCUGCGACCACCAGUUCUGCUACCCGCGCAACUUCUCCGCCCGCUUCGUGCACCCGCACACGCUCCCGCCGCGCCUGAUCGCCAGCCACAUGCGCUUCCACCGCGACGAGCUGCGCCGCCUCAUGCCCAACGGCACCGUCUACGUCACCAUCCUGCGCGAGCCGGUGGCCAUGUUCGAGUCGCUCUUCAGCUACUACAACCAGUACUGCCCGGCCUUCCGGCGGGUGCCCAACGGCUCCAUGGAGGCCUUCCUGGAGGAGCCGCGCCGCUACUACCGCCCCCACGAGAAGUACGCCGCCUACGCACACAACACCCUGGUGUACGACCUGGGCGGCGACCCCGAGCGCGGCCCGGACGACCCCUCCUACCUGCCCGCCUUCGUCCGCCAGGUGGAGGGCGUCUUCUCGCUGGUGAUGCUGGCCGAGCACUUCGACGAGUCGCUGGUCCUCCUGCGCCGCCUCCUCGCCUGGGACCUGGAGGACGUCCUGUACGUGCGGCUGAACAUGCGCAGCCCCGAGUCCAAGCUCAACAUCACCUCGCCCCGCGUGGCGGCCCAGAUCCGCCGCUGGAACGCCCUGGAUGCCCAGCUGUACGACCACUUCAACACCACCUUCUGGCGCAAGCUGGGCGAGGUGGGCCGGGACUGCGUGGCCAAGGAGGUCCGCGCCCUGCGCCGGGCCUGCCAGCGCCUGGCGCGCCGCUGCUUCGGGGGGCAGCCCCCCCUGCGCCCCGCGAUGCAGAUCAAGAACAAGGACCUGCGGCCCUGGCAGCCCAGCGCCAAGGUGGACAUCGUGGGCUACGACCUCCCGGGUUCGGGGACUCCGGCGGACGAGCAGUGCCUCAAACUGGUCAUGCCCGAGGUGCAGUACUCCCGCAACCUGCUGCGGAAGCAGAGCCUGCGGAGCCGGCGGAGGGCGGCCCCCCAUCGCCCCCUCCCCCCGAGAGGGCUCCUGCGCCCCCUCCGGCACCCGGCGCCCAAGGCGGCCUGA